GAGAGAGGAAGAUGGCGGCGGAUGGAGUGAGAGGGCCAGGAUCGAUCACCGAAAAACUCGAUUGGAUUUGUUUUUCCUAACUCAGUCAAACACUCCGCAGCAGCGCCCGGUCCGGCGGGUGGAAGCCGGAGCCAAGGAGCGACAACAAGCAGCUUGUGCCCGCCAGCCUCUUGCACCGUCCUCAAGCCUUCAGGACGAUGGAGUUCCCGUGGCACAGCGGGAAGGUUCUGGAGCAGCUCAACAAGCAGCGCAAGCAGGGCCUGCUGUGUGACUGCACCUUUGUUGUGGACGGGGUGGACUUCAAGGCUCACAAAGCUGUACUGGCAGCCUGCAGCGUCUACUUCCGCACCCUGUUCUUGGACCAGAAAGAUGUGGUGCAUCUUGAUAUUAGCAAUGCAGCAGGUUUGGGUCAGGUCCUGGAGUUUAUGUACACGGCUAAGCUGAGUUUAAGUCCACAGAACGUAGAGGACGUGCUGUCGGUCGCUCACUUUCUACAGAUGCAAGAAAUCGUGAAUGCAUGUUCUGCGUACCAGUCGAUGUCAAACCAAGCUCCGUCCCUCAUAACGCUGGAUUUUGCUGUUGAUGAUAAAACUCGUGAAGGAGAGCAGAAGGAGGACCUGGAGAACCAUCUGUCAGAAGCAGCGUCACAAGCAGAGGAGCAUCCUCUGAGCGCUCCCAUCGUUGACAAAGACCCCACACAGAGUCAGGACGCGUCGAAGGAAGACGACGUCUGUUCUGAAACACAGCAGACUGUUUCUCUACCUGUCCCCGCCAGAACCCACUCGAGCCGUGGACGACCCCCCAAAGCCUCUCAGAAGAAGAUAUCCGUCAAGAAUGAGGAGGAACAGGCUGUACGAGAAGCACCCGGCUUUCAGGAUGACCCCUCUGACGCCGACUACGCACCCAAGUCACAGUUAAAAUCUGCAGGCAGCUCGUCGUACAUAAGCUCUCGAGGGAGAAGAAUCAGAAAACCUCCUCGAAGAAACUUCCCACCUGACAACGACUCAGAGGAUGAAGGCCCAUCAAAGACAACAGCUAAGGAGAAGGUGGCAGAGCUGGCGGAGGUGGCUGACGGACAGGAGGACGACUCCGUGGAGACCGGCGACGGGGAGGCCGACGACGAAGAGGGACUCGACGAGGACGAUGACGAGAUCGGCCACCAGGUGGGAGGAGUCAGUCCGAGCAGCGAGCGAGACGGGAGACAAGCUCAGUCAGCAUCUAUGAGCAGCCGGUCUGAGUCAAAGCCUUACAGCUCUGUGACACACAAAUGUGAGGACUGUGGGAAGAAAUUCACCCACACAGGUAAUUUCAAGAGGCACAUGCGUAUUCACACGGGAGAGAAACCGUUCAGCUGCCGAGACUGCAACAAGGCUUUCUCCGACCCCGCAGCUUGUAAAGCCCACGAGAAAACCCACAGCCCUCUGAAGCCGUACUGCUGCUCCACGUGUGGGAAGAGCUACCGGCAGAUCAGUUUGCUCAACCUACACCGAAAGCGCCACACAGGCGAAGCGCGGUACAGCUGCAAAGUGUGUGGCAAGCUGUUCACCACUUCGGGCAACCUGAAGCGCCACCAGCUGGUGCACAGCGGCGAGAAGCCGUACCACUGCGACUACUGUGAGAAAGCUUUCUCUGAUCCCACCGCCAAGAUGCGACACCUGGAGACACACGACACAGAGAAAGGCAACAAGUGUCCGCACUGCGACAAGCGCUUCAACCAGUUGGGGAACCUGAAGGCUCAUUUGAAAAUCCAUAUUGCAGACGGGCCUCUGAAGUGCAAGGAGUGUGGCAAACAGUUCACCACUUCAGGAAAUCUAAAGAGGCACCUGCGGGUCCACAGUGGGGAGAAACCAUACAUCUGUGUGCACUGCCAGAGAGCUUUUAGCGACCCUGGAGCUCUGCAGCGGCAUGAGCGCAUCCAUACAGGGGAGAAACCCUGCGUCUGUCUUAUCUGCGGCAAGGCCUUCACCCAGGCCAGCUCCCUCAUCGCUCACGUCCGGCAGCACACGGGAGAGAAACCUUACGUCUGCGAUCGCUGUGGCAAAAGGUUCGUGCAGUCCAGUCAACUGGCCAAUCACAUUCGCCACCACGACAACGUCCGCCCACACAAGUGUCAGAUGUGCAACAAGGCCUUUGUCAAUGUGGGAGACCUGUCGAAGCACAUCAUCAUCCACACAGGGGAGAAGCCUUUCCUGUGUGAUAAAUGCGGCCGAGGGUUCAACCGUGUGGACAAUCUGCGCUCCCACGUCAAGACCGUCCACCAGGGCAAAGCCGGCAUGAAGCGGCUGGUGGUAGCCGGGGGAAGCGCAGAGGAGGGAGCCGAUGGAUGCGCCGGGGCGUCCACCUCCGACAGCGAGAUCAACAUAGUCACGGUUACCACGGAGGACAUCGUCACCCUGGCGACAGAGGCCCUGGCAGCCAGCGCUGUAGCUCAGCUGACAGUGGUUCCAGUGGCUGCUUCAGUGUCUGCAGAUGAGACCGAGGCUUUGAAAGCUGAGAUCACCAAGGCAGUCGAGAAAGUGCAAGAAGCAGACCCCAACACCCAGAUCUUGUACGCUUGUGACUCGUGCGGUGAUAAAUUCUUGGACGCCAGCUCCUUAGCUCAGCAUGUUCGCAUCCACACAGCUCAGGCCCUGGUCAUGUUUCAGGCAGACUCUGACUUUUACCAGUACACUGCCGCCACCACUGCUGAAGGGGAUUCUGCGACAACAUGGCAACCCACACCUGAACAGGUCAUCCAGGAAGGAGAGCUCAUCUUCCGUGCCCAAGACGGAGAUGGACAGGCAGCAGCAGGAGGGAUGGUGGCGGGAACACAAGGACAAGGAAGGUCAGCGGAGGUCAUUCACGAGGAGGAGGAGGAGGAGGAGGAGGAGGAGGAGGAUGGACAGGCAGAAAACCACACUGAGCUCCAAACAGAUGGAAAAGAAACAGAGGAGGAAAAAGAAGAGAUGGAAUGUGAGAGUCGAGCGUAGUACGAAAGAUUUGUGACGAUUGUAUGAAGUAUUGCACGUAACAGAAAGCAAAGUUAUAGAAGGAGAAGGAGAUGCGAAGCGUGUGAGACGCGUCAGCGUUAAAUCUAAACUGGAUUCUUAACAUUCUGCUUUCCUAAACAAUUUUUAUCUGUAACUGAAGGUCCUCCACCGUGUUUUUGCCGACCUAAUCCUGGCAAACAAGGUGGGAACCGGACUUUUGGUAAAUGUUGAGAAUUCUUACAGAGAUGGUUACACAAAUUUGUAACGUCUGUUUAUUUUUAGAAUGAAAUGUAGGAUCAUGCUUCGUCCUUUGUAUAAAGCAUCUAGAUCACAGUUUUGUGUUGCCUAAUAUAACUUUAACAAAGACCUCUCUGUGCUAUUUUUCCAAUGCUCCGUUGAAAUAUGUACAUUUUCCUUAAACACUGAAAGUAUUUUGUUGUACUUAGUUGAAGUAUUUUCAUGCAAAGCGUGUUAUACAAAGAGGACCUACAUGAACGUGUAGCGGUACUGAAGAGUUAAGUGAUGGACAAAAAGCACCUUCUGCAGAAGUGAGGUGUCGUCUGUGCUCGUGUAAUAUUUGUGUAUUUGGAAUGUGUACUCAAAGACUCUUAAUACCUCUGAUUAGACAAGGAAAUGUGAAACGUGGUGAUGACAAACUGGUCGGUAAUUUUCAGUUUCACAUUGAAACCAAGACAGCUUCUUUGUCUUUCUGAUGCGACAGUUUCCCGUCACCGGUGGGUGUGUGUCAUGGUUUUGUCUGACUAUAUUAACACCUGUUCAAUGCUCCAUUAAAUAUCUGUAACCUUUCUCAGACCCUCUUUAUGUCACCAUCAGCUCAAUAAAGAAUGAUCACAGUCC